GGAUGUAAUAGCAUCAAAGGCGCACGACAAACUUUUAAUGGUCAAUAAACGGCAAACUCGAUAAUAAUGAUGUCAUGUCUCACUAGAUCUUUUAUAAUCUUUAUGGAGGGGAAUACAACAUAGUAUUUCCUUUCACAAUUCUCAAGCAGCGUGUAUCAGUAUUAUCAUUCUCCUCGAAUCGUAUAUUUAUAACAUAUAAUUAUUUUCUUUCUUUCUCUUUGAAUUUUAUAACAUAAAUAAAGUAUAACCAAAAGUUAUUGAAAAUUAUAAGAAUGAAUUCAACAGAAGAAGAUAUAAUUUUUAUUAAAAAUCACCUUCUACCAGAAUUGGUGUACGAAAGAUGUUUUUGUGAUGUGGGUUCAAGAGAAUUUGUCGAAUACGACUCGGCCAGCGUUAAAAUUCCAAAUACAAAACCAACGAAUAAUGAUGAAUCUCAUUAUUUAGUUGAUGUUGUAGUGAAAUUUUCCGGUGAACCAAAAAAUUUUCCCCUCUUCAUUAAAUUACUUGCAGUUACAGUGAAUGAUGUGACUUACAAUUGGUUUUUAAAUGAGGAAAUAUUUUACAAUAGUCACUUGAUUCGUAAAAGUGUGAACAAUUUGAAAAUUAUUCCAAAAUGUUAUGCUGUCAGUAUGGGUAAAUAUGGUCGACCUGUUCUUGUCCUUGAAGAUUUAUCAACGCAAAAUUUUCUGAAAAUUGAAAAAUUGAAUUUUCAAGAAUUAAAUUUAUGCGCUCGUGCAAUUGGCCUUUUUCAUGAAGGCAUUCUAAAGUAUGUGAAAGAGAAGAAUACGUCGUUAAAUAAUUUCACGACAUUACAAAUUAUGGAAACGAAUCAAGAUUUCGAGAAAGGAUUCUCCAGAAUAAAAAGUCUGGUAGAUUCGAAAAUUUUAGCAAAGAUUCUGAAUACAUUGGGUGAUAAUGAUGUUGUCGAUUAUUUAAAAUCGUCAAUUAUUAGGGAACAAAAAAUUCUCUGCCACGGGAAUUUCAGUGGACAAAAUUUACUAUUCAGAUAUGAAAAUGGAAUUGCAGUCGAUGUAAAGGCUAUUCGUUGGCAUACGAUAAAAUACAGUUCUAUUGGUAUGGAUUUAGCUUGUAUUAUUUUUGAAAAUUUGUCUAAAGAAAUGGGUGACAUUGACGAUAUUUUCACUCGAUAUCUGGAUGCUGUGAAAAGUGGAUAUCUUGAGAACGAAAGAAAUUCCCCUUCACUGACAGAAGUUCGAAGUGCUUUUGUCUCUAAUCUUCUGUACGCCUAUUUUACCUUAUCGUUGGAUGAAAACUGUUCAGAUGAGAAAAUUGUGGCAUUAUCAGAGCAAUUGGAGCGUUUUGGUGCAUUCAGUGCGACGUAAAUAUAGAAAAGAAAUCACAGAAUAAGAAAUUAUGAAAUGUAUUUUUUGUACAUAUCUAAUCAUAACCUGGAAUUCACUAUUCAAAAAUUAAAAAAUAAUUUGAAAAGCCAUGUAAAAAUAUUAUUAUAAAAUAAAUAAUUAAAAAGUAACUUUCAAAAAUAA